UUGUGAAUCUUCUUCCGCAGCAUCAAUGGCUUCCCUCAUUCGAGUGGUUCAAAAGAAACUCAGUAGCAGCUGUUGUUCAUCUUCAUGGUUGGUUGCGAGAACACUGAGAGUGAGGAACGGUACCUUGGGUUUCGCAAGCAGAGGUUACGCAGCAAAAGCAGAAGCAGAAGCACUGAAAAUAUUGAAUCUUUUAGUGCCUGAGACGAAAUUCAAUUCGUAUACGAUUGAAGAGCGACUUGGAGAGCAGUUGAUUACAUUGAAGGGGAAGUUUGGGGACAGGGAAGAUAUCAAAAUCGAAGCUACCAUGUUUGAUUGGUAUGAACACAUUACGGGGCCUGGAUAUGACAGUUCUGGGGCAGAUGUGCGACUUCACUUCAGUCUACUGGUGGAUAUAUCAAAGGGGGAAGAUGGCAGUGAAUUGGAAUUUGUCUGCUCAGCAUGGCCAAAGUGCUUAAAUGUUGAGAAAGUUUUCAUAUUAAGGCGUGGUCAUAUGCCGGCUAGGCCUUUCCUGGGACCUAAUUUCAGGGACCUGAAUCCUAAGGUUCAGGAAAAGUUUCGUGAGUACUUGGACACCAGGGGAGUAAAUGAUGCACUAGCUGCUUUCUUACAUGAUUAUAUGCUGUACAAGGAUAGAAUUGAGCAUCUACGGUGGAUGUAUUUAACUUGAUCGUGUGUUUUAGCAAUGCUCUUCAAAUAUUCCUUAUUCUCCAACUGAAACUGAAAGUGCUUGCAAGUUGCAACUCCAAAUAUGUGAGAUAGGUUUUUCUUAGAACUGUUCCCCAAUUCCGUUAAAUUUGGAAAUGAUCACCUCGUUGUUACAAAUAUCUUUGACACUUGAAGUAUUUAUAUCGAGUGAAUGGUUUAAUUGGUUAUUGAAUAUUACUCAUUGACAUGUUGGUCAUUGAACUUAG